AAGAAUAACGCAGUCAUCUGUCAAUGUCAAGGACGAAAACAAAAAUCAAAACAAUCAGUUCAUUUCCCAUUUUUUUGGAUAACUUUAAAAUACAAAGCUUUAAAAAUGAGUCGAAGAAAAAAGAUUAAGGUGGAAAGCAAAGAAAUGGAUGAUAAAAUUAAUAAUGCCGAUGAUGAAAAUGUAACGGAAGCAGCGGAUAAACAAAAAACCGUUCCCUCUGAGAAAAAAUUAAACUCCGGUCCUAGUUCUUCUAAAAGUAACAAAAAGGAAUCAAAGAAGGAAGAAUUGAAGAAGGAGGAGGAUAAGAAAAAGGAUGUUGAUCCUGAAUCGGAGCUAGAUGAUCCAGUUAUCAAAGAUUUAUUUUCUGGAUUGGAAGGGGCUGCGUUUCAAAGUCGCAUGCCAUUUGAUAAAUUGACCUCAACAGAAGCUGCUUGUUUCCCAGAUAUAGCUCAGGCCGCUUUACAGACUAUUAAAGUAUAUCUAAAUGUUCGCAAUCGUAUUUUACAAAUGUGGCUUGAUAAUCCUAAGCAGCAGCUAAUCUUUGAAGACGUUAUGGAAAAAAUGGAAGUACCUUAUAAUAGUGACGCACCUCUAGUGAAGAGGGCUCAUGCGUUUUUGGAACGUAAUGGAUACAUCAAUUUUGGCGUUUUUAAAAGGCUUAAACCUUUACCCUCUAAAAAAUAUGGGAAAGUGAUAGUAAUUGGAGCAGGAAUAGCUGGAUUGGCGGCCGCUCAACAGUUACAACAGUUUGGUUUGGAAGUAAUAGUCCUAGAAGCACGAGAUAGAGUAGGUGGUAGAAUUGCCACAUUUAGAAAAGGUAAUUAUAUUGCUGAUUUGGGGGCUAUGGUUGUGACAGGCCUAGGAGGUAAUCCUGUGACCACUCUCAGCAAACAAAUAGACAUGGAAUUACACCGCAUUAGACAGAAAUGUCCUCUAUAUCAAUCAAGUGGUGUUACUGUUGAUAAAGACAAAGAUGAAAUGGUUGAACGUGAAUUUAACAGACUUUUAGAAGCCACAUCUUAUUUAUCACAUCAACUAGAUUUUAAUUAUGCUGGAAAUAAACCAGUUAGCUUAGGUCAAGCUUUAGAAUGGGUUAUAAAGCUUCAAGAAAAGCACGUGAAAGAAAAACAAAUCCAGCAUCUAAAAUCCGUUAUAACAUUACAAGAAAAGCUAAAAACAAAUCAAAAAUUGUUAGUUGGAAUUAAGGAACAGAUGUUUGAGACAAAUGCAAAAAUUAAAGAACUGGCUAGUGUAGAAAAGAGGGAUAUUCAGUUGGAAUUUGCAUACAGAAGUGCCGUGCGUGAUCUUAACGCAUACUCAAAGGAAUGGGAUCAACUACAAGAACAAGCAAAGGAAAUUGGAGAUAAACUUAGAGAGCUAGAAGCAUCACCACCAAGUGACGUGUAUUUGUCAUCUAAGGAUCGUCAGAUUUUGGAUUGGCAUUUUGCGAAUUUAGAAUUUGCCAAUGCGACUCCACUUUCAAAUUUAUCACUAAAACAUUGGGACCAGGACGACGAUUUUGAAUUUACAGGGAAUCAUUUAACAGUUCGCAACGGAUAUUCGUGUGUACCAGUGGCUUUAGCUGAAGGUUUGGAUAUCAAACUAAAUGCUGCUGUUAAAAAAGUGGAAUACAACAAGAACGGAGUCGAAGUCACUGUCUAUAAUCCCAGGACACCCCAUUCAGUAAAUACUUAUCACGCGGACGUUGUCCUGUGCACUCUUCCUCUGGGAGUUUUGAAAUUAUGCGCGUCUCCAAACUCUUCCCAGCUGAAUACGGUCCAAUUCUCACCACCUUUGCCAGAUUGGAAGACUUCAGCAAUCCAGAGGUUGGGUUUUGGUAAUUUGAAUAAAGUUGUCUUGUGUUUCGAGAGGAUUUUUUGGAAUCCACAAGCUAAUCUUUUCGGACACGUUGGGAGUACGACUGCGAGUCGAGGAGAAUUGUUUCUCUUCUGGAAUUUGUACAAAGCACCGGUCCUUCUUGCUUUAGUUGCAGGUGAAGCGGCUGCUAUCAUGGAAAAUGUCACCGAUGAUGUUAUUGUCGGAAGAUGUAUCGCCGUACUUCGAGGCAUUUUUGGCCAGUCUGGAGUGCCUCAACCGAAGGAAACCGUGGUAACUCGAUGGAGGGCCGAUCCCUGGUCUAGGGGUUCGUACAGUUUUGUCGCUGUUGGUAGUUCAGGCAGCGAUUACGAUUUGUUAGCGUCUCCUGUGAUUCCCCCAAAUAGUCAAGGGGUUUCGGGGACUGCCGGUCCUGCGAGAGUCUUUUUUGCAGGAGAGCAUACGAUUAGGAAUUAUCCUGCUACGGUCCAUGGAGCAUUUUUAAGUGGUCUAAGAGAAGCUAGUAGAAUAGCAGAUCAAAUUAUCGGAAAUCCGUGCCUUCCUCAACCCGCCGAAUGAGGAAAUUUUGAUGUCAGUAUUUAAUUAAUGGCGUAGUUCAUUAAAUUUUUUAGAGUAAUUAUCGGUCUGGCUGACUUCAGAUUUGAUAUGUGUGUAUAAGAUAACUAAAAACGCUCUAUAAAUUUGCCUUAAUUGCAGUCUGGAGCGUCGUAUUAUAAAAAAUAAUAAAUAUUGUAAGCUUGUAAGAUAAAUUUCUUCUGUGUUUUAUGCACAAUUAUGCGCUUGUAUCGCGUCACGUAAAUUAUGAAGGGAAUAUUUCAAUAUAGUGGAUUGAAAGACGUUACAAUUUCAAUAGAGAACGAUUAUUAUUAAACAAAACGAAAGUAGAUCACGAUCAUCCUCAAUAAUUGCAACAGUGGUCUAUAAAUCUUUGCGUUGUUACAAAGCGAUGUUAACUGCAACCAACAGAGGUAAUUUAUCUUCAAUUGAACAUUUGCAUUGUUAAUUUUUUACCUAUAUACAAUUCUUCUAAAUUUCAUACUUGAAAAGUGAUAAUUUGUUAUUAAGAUCAAAUUUGUUAUCAGGUAUUUUAUUGAAUCAAAUUAGUACAAUUUUUUUGUUAUGUGAGAAGUUGCACCCGUCUCGGCUGUUGUGCUUGUACUUUUUUUAAUUUAACGCUUUGGAAAAUAAAUCGUGAAUGACACGAAA